AUGCCUAAGGAGGAUGAUUAUCUUAGUGAUAGUAGCUGUGAGGAAUCUAUUACAUAUGUGAGACCCUUGUUUCGACGCAAGCAGUCAAAAUCCUGCGAUGGUCGUCUUUCCAACGAUGAGGUAUCACAUACUGGAUCAGUUUCUACCGAAAGCAAUUCCAAGACGAAUAACAAGAUCAGGGUUAAAAAAUUCGAUUUUAGUAGGGUGCAAAAAGUCUGCUUUCCUAAGACAGCUUCUAAUACAGCUACGCCAGUGAUAAAGGAAACAACCUUCAGGUCACUGAAGCUUAAACCGUAUGGAAACGUAAAUGGGUAUAAUUUUCUUGUUACCGAAGAUGAAUAUGAUAGACUAAAUGAGGCAGAGGGGCUGUCUGCUGUCAAUAUCGGGGUAAGAAUCAAUGCUAAUCUUUACAACACGAAGUCUGAUAAAAAUAGGUUAUCUGGACAAUUUGGGCAUGGUCUGAAGAAAUAUUGGGAUAAUAACAGUAAAAUUAGGGUUCCUAUUAGAAAUGCGCCUCUAUUAACUGACGUCAAUAUUGAAGCUAUUACUACUGCUGCUAUACGUGAUUUUUACUUAGAAAGUAGCGAAAUAUUGGGUGUACCAUUGAAAGUACUGCUACGAGACCAACGUAUACGUUGGCAUCCAGACAGAAUGAUGAGACGAUUUGAGGCACUAGAAGUGAACAAUCGCAUUAUCACUCUUCUUUUUCAAAUCAUUAAUGAACUAUGGCUUGACUGUGUUUAA